UUUGGUCCGGUGGAAAAUCUGUUCAUCAUAUAGUACCAAGUAUAAAUUAUGUCAGCUGCUGCAAGAAAUUCUCCCUAUAAACUUCAGGGUUUGGUCACCCUACUUUACCGUUAUAGACUUUCUUCAUCGGUGGCAAAUGCGGCAACCGCCAGUUCUUGUCAUCCAAGUUCCGUUGUGGCAAUUACAUGAAUCAAGGGUACUUAAGAUCAUUCACUAGCGCCCCCAUCGACCAAGCUGAUGCAAAAGGAAAACCCGAUUUUCAAAUAUUGAAGGACGCAGAGAAGAAGGUUCAGCCAACGUUGCCGGCUUCUGCUGACAAGCAAAGCUUUUCAUCGUGGGCCAAGUGGCUUUUGGGUUCUUUGAUGACAUUAUUGUUGCCUUUCUGGAAGCAAGAGUGGGAAAGCUUACGAGGACUAGAAGGGAAGGUGGAAAAGGUCGUUGGAGAGGUAGAAGUUGUAGCGGAGGUGGUGGAGAACGUGGCCACUGUGACGGAGAAGGUGUCAGCAGAGGUGGCUGAAGAGCUUCCGGACAAUAACAAAAUCAAAGAAGCUGUGCUGGUGGUAGAACACUUAUCAAGUGUGGCCGCUCAAGAGGCUAAAUUAAUCGAAGAUUUUAUUCACAACGUUGGUGACAUGAAGCAAGACCUGAAAGAGAUGGAGACAAUAGCAGAGCCUGCAAUUGAAAAAGUUGUGGAACCCCAUCAAGAACAAGCAGCUUAGAUGGACGCAAUUUUCUUGUGGCAAGGAGUAUUUUCCACAGCACUGAUCGUGCAAUGCUAAUUAGUGCCUUGUUCCCUGAUCCAUUUCUGUAAAAGCUUCUUCUUUGUUCUGUAAAUAACUGAUCAAUUCGUACGUGCAAUUUGCAGAUGGCUAUUGAAAGACCAAUAAGUUGAGCUUGGAAAAUGCUCUUUUAGAUUCCACUUGAUGAUCGAA